CGAGGGGCGGGCCCGCCCGGCUCCGGUGGUGGUGGUGGUGGUGGUUGCUGGGCGCCCCUGCACCUGCCCUUCGCUCCGCUUCAGUCUUGCCCCUGUCACCCUGUCUUCAUGGCCCGGAAAAGGGAGCCGCGACGGCAGGGAGUUGCUUCUGCGUGAGCGGCUUGUGCCACGACUUUCCGAGUUCUGCGGUGUCCUCCGCAUUUCCCUCCCGAGUCUCCCUGUAUCCAGUGCGAGCUGUGUUUGGUGUUUUACAUCCAUCUGGCGACAUCACCAUGACCUACGUGACGGUCGUGGGGCCGCCCGGCACCAGCGCACUUCCAGUGUGUGGGAGCCCCGCCGGGCCGGGCCGCAGCCUGGGACCCGCAUGCCGCUCGGUGUGUAGGCGGCCGCCUCUUUCUCAUUGGACUCGCAGGAGCUCGUUCUAGAGUAGCUUGUUGAGAGGUGGAUGCUUCGGGUGGACUUGGACUCGUUAUAGCUCUGCAAGUGGUCAUACCUGAUGGUUUGCCUGGAAUGAAACUCCAGGAGCAAAAUUGUCACUGAGAAUUGUGAAACCAUGGCCCGUCUUCCUGAGCUGGUAUUUCUGUUGGGAAACUUCACGCCUUCUUGUUUUGGGGCCCUGAAAGCUUGUAGAGCAAGCAUGUCAAACUCGCGGCCCACAAAGAAUAUUUUUGCGGCCCAGCCAAUAUAACGUGGUCCUGUGGCAACUGGUUAUGUGAGACAAGUGUAUGGACACUACAAGGUGUGUGCAUAGGCUGCCACCAUUCUUGGACUUUGCUCAAUCCACAUCUGCAACCUGGACCCCAGCUGCGCCUGGAUGGCUCCACCCAGCCCCGCUGUCCCCCAGCCCCACAUGUCCAGUGCUGCACUAGCCUCUCCUCGUGCUUAUUUAUCUGAAGGAGCCGAACCAUCCAUCUGGCACCCGGAGCACACUGACCAAGCUCCCACCUUCCUCCUGGAGUGUGACAGUUCGGUGCUGGGUGCGCUGCAGAAGCACCUGGUGCUGCACAAGAUUCGGCGGAGAGUCACGGUGGAGCCAUGCACUGAGUUGCACGUUUGGGCCGUUCUGCCAGCCACUCCUCAGGAGGUGGGUGGGGCUGCACCAGUGCCCAAGCACCAGGGCUCUGCCAUCCUCGCCCGUGACCCCCGCACUACCCGCAUGGGCUGGCGGCUUCUCACCCAGGACAAGAGCCCUGCCCUGGUGGCCAGGGGCAGGCUCAGGGACGUCUGCGAUUAUCACCGGCACCGGUACCAGCAAGGUGUUCCUGAGGGGGUCCACGACCUGCCCCCAGGAGUGGCCCUACCCCUGGAGUCCAACCUGGUCUUCAUGAACGGUGUCAGCUUCACCAAAGGCUGCUAUGUUGGCCAGGAGCUGACAGCCCGCACCCACCACACGGGUGUCAUCCGAAAGCGCCUCUUCCCAGUGCAGCUCUUGGGCCCCCUCCCUGAGGGUGGCAUCACCCCUGGCACCACGGUGCUCACUGAAUCUGGACAGGCUGUCGGCAAGUACAGGGCAGGCCAGGGGGAUGUGGGGCUGGCCCUGCUGCACUCAGAGAAAAUCAAGGGCCCGCUCCACAUCAGAACCACAGAGAGCGACCGGGUGGCCCUGACUGCAUCUGUGCCAGACUGGUGGCCCACAGCCACCAAGUAGCCCAGGCGUCCCCGCACUCCCACAGGGUGCCUCUGUCCCCCUCUGCACACUUGCAGGCUGGCCCUGUGAAGACAUGCCUCCUUGGAAGGUCCCGAGUGUUCGUGGGAUUCCUGCGGCUGCAGGUGUGCCAGGCCUUUCCAGCCACCAUGCUUCCAGCUGACACCUGCCUCUGGGUGGCUCUGUGCUGGAGGAGCCAGAAGCAAGCCUUGCGCCUGCCACAGCUGAGCUGAGCCCCAUCUGCCAGCACACCCAGACGAGGUUCCAAACCAUGUUGCUCUGGAGGCCAUUUGUCCAUCAGCCAAGGACAGGAGUGAGAAGCUGUGCUUGCGGGGCCUUCCCCCGCCGCCUGCACCACUCAGCCUGCUUCAGGGCAGGCCUGGCACCGAGGCGGUGCAGCCAAAGGAUGGCAAGGGGCAGGUGGCUCUGGGAAUUGUCUUUCAUGCGGGCUUGGGUCAGGAAUCAUGUGGCGGCUGUGGUGGUCGUGUCGGCGGAUGGAGGCACCAGCUGCCCACAGGCACCACAAAAAGUUCUCCCAUCACACCUCUGCGCUCAGGGUGCUGGCCAUAGGAGCCCUGGUGCCAUUUCACAGGGGGCACUCCAGCUCCACAGCAUCGGCCCCUUGGUGGCCUGGGCAGCCACUCCUCCUUCCCGAGCCUGUGUGCAGAGAGGGGCUUCUGCUUGGUUUACCACCGCUGUUUUCUGAUGUGACCAGGCCCCCUUUAAACCGCUGGUGUCCAUCCUCCCACUGCAGUGUGAUUGACAUUAUGGGUGACCCACUGGUGCCUCAGAGUGAAUAUUAAAGUUUGACUUACAAGCGGCU